AUGGCACCACUUCGACGAUACCUACGGAUUACAAAGCAUUCUGUUCUCGAGGUUCGCAUCUAUCUUGACCGACCCGCCGAUGCUGAGGCAUGGCUGUUGAAGCGCGACGACCCAGCACUACCACGCGUCAUUGAGGCUAUACGACCGCUUGUACUGCCCAAGCUCCGAGAGGAAAAUGAGCGGGGUAGAGGCCGAGGUAGUGCCAAAUCUAAAAAGAAGGGAGUAAAGGACGUCGUCGUUGAAGAUGAUUUCGAGGUUUCCAUCUUUUUGACGGACCUAUCCUCCCGGCACUCCGUUCUGACCAAGCAAAAGAUCUUCAAAGACAAGGCCCGCAUCCAAAGCAAUUCCGGGAAACUCACCAACUGGCUGACAAGUGGAACUAGCGAUCAGCCUGUCGUUAUCAACGAAGAUGGCGCAGAUCCGAUCGUUAUCAGAGAAGAAGACGAUGAUGAGCCCAUCAAUCUUGCUGACAUCCCAGCAGCUGACCAAUCUGGGAAACAGCCUAAGCGUUCAGCACGUCAAAGACGCCGAAGGAACGAGGAUGAGGAUGCUGCACUCAGCAAUCGCAGCGAUAGUGAAGGUUCGGAUUUGUUUGUCCCUGAGCCCACCAAUCGACGUCGGACCAAGGCUCGUACACAGGACGAAGACCAGGAUAGUGACGAGGAGCCACAUGCGGAUGAUAAGAAGAAGCUUGGUCUCAACACAUCAUAUGAUGGCUUCAGUAUCUACGGCCGUAUACUGUGUCUUGUCAUUAAGCGCCGUGGCGCACGAAACGUGGCAGGACCAAGCGGUGCAAAUUCAAGCCAGGCUAUGCUAGAGAAUUGGGUUUCGACACAAGCUGUGGCAGAGCAGCUCGACGACGAUGAGGACGCUAUGUGA